AUUUAGCUCAAGUCCGCAGUUGCCGGCUGCAGCAGAGCAAGUUUAUCAGGGACAGAUAGACCCCGCGGGCCCUCGACGCCUCCACGCGGGCGCAUGGCGCCGGCUUUGCAGGAACACGCGGAGCGAUGGACCUCCCCCGAGGGGGUGUCCGCGCACCCCGGAAGCUACGCGCUCGGUGAGCGGCAGGUCUCGUCGCUGCGUGUGGUCGAGUUGACAGAUCCUGGCGGCGUGGCAGGCAGCUGGACUGGGCGGAUGGUGCGUGAGAGGUGCAAUUUCCACAAAGGGGCUUCCGAGGCAACGACUGAGGUAGGUGAAAGUAUCCUGUCUCUGAACGACUUUUCUUUGUUCGAUGGCCGUGGCGACGAUGCUGGGAUGACGAGACAGACUUCCCACAGCUGUCCUCCCUCCCGGCUGUAUACAGCACCUCGCUUUGCGGAGUCGGGCGAGGUUCCUUCAGAGCAGGCUGUCUCUGAGGCGGGCACGCGAUCUUUCCCGAUGUCUGGGGCUCUGGCUCGGAGGAGAGGCUUCGUCGGCUCGGGGAUCCAGCUGAGAAUGCCGGGGCUAGUGCAGGGCUGGCGCGAGGUUCUCUGUGCAAGAGGCUGCCGCGUCGACGGCGUGAUCGGGCGCAGCAGGGCAAAUCGCGGUUUCAGCGUCGUCCUCCUGAACAAGCAGGGGCAGAGCUUCGCCGCCAAAGGGACCGACGAGGCCAUCCAGGACGGCAUCCUGAACACCACGCUGCACAGGGAGUACCGUGUCCUGCGCCGCCUGUGCCACCCGGGGGUCGUGCGCGCAGAGUCGUUGAUUGAUGUUGCGAGCGGGUGCGCCAUCGUGAUGGAGUACUGCCCCGGCAGGCAGCUGGCAUCCCUCCUGCCCAGGCACUCCGGGCUCUCCGAGAGGGGGCGCUACAGCCUCCUCGAGGGCGUCCUAGACGCGGUGUCCUACCUCCACGCGCAGUGGGUGGCGCACAGGGACCUCCACGGGCACAACGUCAUGGUCGACUGCGGGGAGCCCGGUGCGGGCAGCUCGGUCGACGUGGAAGCGGUCAGGAUCGUCGACUUCGGGAGCGCCCAGGACGUGGCAGUCGAGGUCCACGGCGGGGUCGGCGAGCUCGAGGACCUCACGCAGGAGAUACUUCCACCAGAGGUCGCCCUCGGCCUCGCCUGCCCGUUCGGCUGCGACGUCUUCGCCACGGGCCUCCUCGCCGCAGGUCUGUGCGCGGGCCAGGUUGUCGUAACCAAGGACGUGUUGAACGAGGGCUUGCUCCUGGGCGCCGGCGAUUUCCUGAAGCUGAGCACCGCGGGGCAGGCGCACCUGCGCAGCAUGCUGGACCCGCUGCCCGGCGACAGGCUGACGGCGCGCGAGAGCUACGAGCAGCUGCCGCCGGUCGCUGCGUUCUUUGCCGCGUGAGCCGGCCUCGGGCCAGCGGCCCUCCAGCGCCCGCGGCCUGCGGAGGAGUGCGGGCUCGCCGCCUGCCGUCCUCCGCGCGCGCGGGAUCCAGGCGGGCGCGGUGGGCAGCGGCGGCGGCUCCCGGGAAUCCCUGCGAGGCGGGGGGCCCUCCUGCAGGGCCUUCCUCGCCUCGGCGUGCGACGGCGCGACGCACUGGGCGUGGAGCGCCCGCUCGGCGCUCGGCGCCCGCCGGGGAGCCCGCUGGCGGUCGGCCGCCCGCGCCCCGGGGGGUGGCCGUCGCCGCGUGGCCCGCCGCAGUCUUUCGCACCCGUCGGGCGGCCGGCGGGCUCGGAGGCUGGCUGCGGGCGCGCCCUGCGCCAGGGCCCCCGCGCUGGGAAGGCCUGACUAUGACAUUCCAGCUCUUACAUUCUGACAUUCCAACUUUGCACUCUGUGCCAGG